AUGUCCGACGUUGCGCAAUCCCCGUGGACUUGGGACCCUUCCCGGCACCAAUACUAUUACGUCCACAACGGGCACUGGGUCUUCCAAGACGGGCUAAAAAUCUGCAUAAGCUCAAGUUACGAACCACAAGAAAGCGACGAAGAUCGACAAAGGAGGGAGCAAGACGAGAGAAACAGGCAAGGCAAAAACCACCUAAAGGACAACAAUCCCGGCGGUAGUGGAGCCGGCCACAACGACGACCAGAGAGACAGUGAUGACGAGGCACAGUCGCUACAGAGCCAUGUCUCUGCAGGACCAAGCGACGAGGAUCGUUUGCGGUGUGUCAAUCGAAAGAUAGUCGUUCAACCGAACGAUCCACGAUACCCGGACGUAAGAGUUCAUCGGCGACUGAGUGGCAGUCCCGGCGAUACAGAGUAUAUGGACCCCAAUUUCCGCUUGCAUCAUGCCGGAUUCUUCAGAGUAGGGGUUGUCUUCCGAAUCCUUUGGCCCGAGCUAUCCACCGACAUUGAAGACAACAUCUCUAUCGUAGCGAUGUCGACCGGGGAAGAUCAGUAUUCCUUCCUAAAGAUCCGAUGUUUUGUUGUUGUUCGCGAAGGUCAGGAUGAUUGUCUUUGUGUGCCUCUUAAAACGUAUCACGGACGGCGAGCCCUAGGAAACGCAGCUCAAACCCGCCGUGCAGCCAUCUACUCGGUCGGCAUAUCACCCUUGCCAAUUGGCCUGCCUAUACAUGUGAUAUCCUCGGAUUAUCUGGACCAUAUAGCGCCUUCAUCGUGCGUCGAUUUUAGUAAGAUGUAUGCCGUUGAGCAUAACGUCAAAGUCCGUGACUUCGGUCGCGUUGACGCAAAUGACCAAUGGAAGCUUCUGGCCCAAUUCCAGAAACACUGGCAAGGUCGAGGAUGA